AUGGCUUCUCUUGGUCGAGUGCAGUUAAAUCUCCAACGGUUGGGCAUUACUCUUCCAACCCCUGCUACUCCACUAUCGAACUACGUACCCUACGUCCUGAGUGGCUCACAUCUACACAUCUCUGGUCAAAUGUCUAUAAAGCCUGAUGGUACCAUCUGCACUGGACAGUUGGGCACAACAAUGGAGGUGGAUGAAGGGAAGGCAGCAGCACGAAGUUGUGCACUGCUUGUGGUCAGUCAAAUACAAGCAGCACUGGGGGAUCUUGAUCGUGUGAAAAAGAUUGUGAAACUCAACGUGUUUGUGAAUUCCUCUCCGUCUUUUACACAACAUCCGUUUGUUGCAAAUGGUGCCUCCGAUCUCAUUGUGAGUGUCUUUGGUGAAGACGUUGGAAGGCAUGCACGAUGUGCGGUGGGAAUGGCGCAGUUGCCGUUAGGUGCGGCUGUGGAGGUGGAUGCACUCGUGGAGGUGAGUGAUACACACACAAAGUAA